UGUUAUCAAAACGUUUUAUUUCAGAAAUCUCUGUAGUUGCCUGAAAUCUGAGGAUAAUGUCCGGUUACGGGAAUCAUAAAAGUCCCUGGGACAACAGAAACCAGGGGAUGGGAGGGAUGAACAAUUAUCAACAACAAGGGAUGAUGCAAUCUGGAAUGGGUAUGCAACAAGGAGGGAUGGGACAAGGAAUGGCCCCCGUAGGGAUAUCUUACCCUGCACCUAGAUCUAAUCAGAACUCUGGGUAUGGACAGAUGCAGAACCAGAUGCCCGUCCAACCAUUGAUGGGAUCCGGCACUCCUAGUAACAGGGUAUUCACGGGUACUGUUACCAAGCUUCAUGAUAACUUUGGAUUCGUCGACGAAGACGUAUUUUUCCAGACGAAUAUAUGCAAGGGACCGGUUCCUCUUGUAGGAGACAGGGUUCUAGUCGAAGCUACCUACAACGCUAAUAUGCCCUUUAAGUGGAACGCGACAAGAGUUACACCGUUGCCUGGAUCUCAAGGUUCUGGUUCAAGUCUCCUAGGGACUCAACCUAACCCUACCAGAGGGUUUGGUGAUAUGGGAGGUGAUAUGGGAGGAGGUAUGGGAGGGGGAAGAGAUAGAGGAAGGGAUAGGCCACCCCGGCGAAGGGAUGAUAAGUGGAAUCGGGAUCAAAAACGUGGAGAGAGGGAACGUAGCUCCAGGAAAAGAUCUCGAACCAAGACGAAGAGCAGGUCCCCGCCAAGAAGGAGAGCUCGCAACCUUCCCCGGUACAGUGUAUCUGUUCCUAAGGUUGUUCUCAACUUUCCAAAGAGCAACGUUAUUGAACUGAAGAAGAGGUACAACAGUCUGUACAUCCCCUCCGACUUCUUUACAGCAAACCACUCAUGGAACGAGGCAUUCCCCGUGGACUCCCCGUUCCGUGUCUCUGCUCCAUCCUCCUUUACCAUAUUUAACAAGGAACAUGUGGAUCCUGUUUACCACAACAAGUUUCAAUACGACCCAGAGGAUGCCGAUUAUUCCUAUGUAGCAAAAGUGAUGCUUCUCGCCUCCCCUAGCGAGGAAGAUUUGUAUGAGAAGACAUGUCAUCUCAUUGAGAAGGAUUCUGAGGAGAAGGAUUCUAGGGAAGGUUUGGUUCAUCCCUCAAGAGCUCUGAAGUUCCUGGUUGGUUUAAAGGGAAAGAGUGAAACUAUGGCUAUCGGAGGCCCUUGGUCUCCUAGUCUAGAUGGAGCCGAUCCUAAGAACGAUCCCUCCGUUCUAAUCAAGACUGCAAUCCGAACCUGCGGAGCUAUGACUGGCAUUGAUCUAUCCAACUGCACUAAGUGGACCAAGUUUAUCGAGAUUCAUUACCGGAGACAAGCCUCCUCGACCAAACCUGCCAGGACGGAAACCGUGGUUCUUUUCUUCCCGGAUAUCUGGAACGCAAUGCCUAACAAAAUUGAUUAUGACGCAACCUGCGAGCUGUACGCAAAGAAUUGUCAACUGAAGAUGGAGGGAAAGUGCGUCAAGCUGCCCGAGAUGGAUAUUACUGAUAUGGAUGCGUCAGUGAAUGAAGAAGAGGGAGAUGACGGGGAAGAGACAGUUAAGAGAGGAGAUCCAACACAUUGGAAGGAACUAGAUUUGAAAAAUAUGAAGGUUAACGAGCUGAAGAGUGAAUUGGAGGCUAGGGGGCAGAGCAGUAAGGGUCUCAAGUCCCAACUACAAGCCAGGCUUCAGAAGCUUGUAAAGUCUGAGGAAGAGGCAGAGGAGAGGAAGAACGUUGACGGAGAACCCAUGGAGGAGGACAAGGAGGAGAAGAAGGAUGAAGAGGUUGAGGAUGAGAAGGAGAAGGAGCUGGAUGAGAAGACGAAGGAGAAAAUAAAGAAUUAUUACAAAACUCCGUCAUCUCCUUGCUUCUUUGUUCACCCUAAUACAAAGGUUAAGUCUGGAAAGUUUGAUUGCAGGGUUGAAACACUCUCUGUUCUCCUAGACUACAGGUCAGAUGAUAACAAGGAGGGAACCUUCGAGAUCUCUCUCUUCGCGGAGCUCUUCAACGAGAUGUUGAUGAGGGACAACGCGUUCAAGAUCUACAGAGCCAUCGUUAACGCUCCGGAGCCGGUCAAGGAUGACAAGAAGGAGAAAAAGGACGACGAGAAAAAGGAUGAGAAGGAUGAGGAGGAGGAGAAUAAGGUGGAAACCGAGAAGAAGAUGUUCACGAGGAACAGGGAUCUCCUGCUUGGAUGUUCAUACUUUGAUCUAAGUCACAUCGGAUACUUUGAGGCUAAGGACCUCGAGGAUAUCUUUUUAACCCUUGACCUCGAAUUGUCGAGGGCCGAGGUUAAGAAGUUGGCCUCUAAGCUGGCUGGGGCCAAGGAUCAUGUUAACUACAGGGUUCUCACAGAUGUAGAGGUUGGAUCACCAGAACAGGAAGAGGUUGCUGGUGCUAAAUCCGACAAGGAGCUUGCAUCAGGGUUCAAACAGUACGUUCCAGGCACUGAGAUGGAGUCAGCUGCAUCCACUGGGGAAACUAAUAAACUGGUCAAAUUCAGAGGAACUGUCCUGGAUAUAGAGAAACUCAUGGAGAAAAUGGACAAGGCAGAAAAAGUGCGUUCGGUGACAGAUUCUCGACUCGUGACAAUUCAGAAGGAAUUGUCGACCUGCAAGGACCAGAGUGACAAAUAUCUGGCGCAGCGCGACAAGCUGGUUAAUGAGCUGAAGUUGGCGAGAGAGAAAAUGAAGAGCACCGAGGUCGAGCUGUUGGGUAGCCGAGGGGAGGCUGCCAAGUAUCUGGCUGCUCUCAAGGAUGUUAUGUACAGAGUUCAGCCUCUAGCUAGUCCUCCCCAGCCUCCUAAGAAAGAAGAACCAAAGGAGGAGGUCAAGGCAAACGGUGUGGAUGUAAAGAAAUCUGAAAUAGAAAAGAAUAAAAGUGAGAAAAAGAAAGAAGAAGAUAAAGAAGAAGAUAAAGAAGGAGAGAAGAUGGAUGAAAAAGAAACGGCCGUCGACACCGCCGAAGAAGUUACUGCCUGAGUUUGGCCGAAUGCCAUAAAUCUGGCCAAUAUCGCAUUUUUGUAAUAUUUCGGGAUAAAUAAACUCUGCACAGAAGGUGUU